AUGCAACUCCUUCUCCGCCGGGAACAGCAAACCAGGCCACCAAAAUAUCUCAGUUCUAUAAAGGAAGAAGAUGAUGCAAAACUUUUUGAUCGUCAGACAUCAGACUCGUUCCAAGAAGCUGUGGAGCCUGUUACCAAAUUGGGCGAAAGGGAGCAGACCGAUGAAAUGUACAUUAAAGAUCUGGAACGUAAAUUGGAAUCCCAUGCAGAUGAACAAAAGAAAGACCAGAAUACAAUUACGGAUUUGCGAGCAUAG